UGUGAGCUCUAUAAUGUCUAUGAAAAACCACGAUCUACGUUCUAAAUUAAGACCAUUCUUUUAUUUAAUUUCAUUAUAUUUAAUUUUUUUGAAGUCUUUUGCCAAAAUAUGUCUCGUUAUCCUCCAGGCGAUGUCAACAAAUAUAAUAUGUCAAGUUGACAGGACAAGAAAUGUUAUUUGCCGAGUGACAUGCUGUCAGUCGUCGCGUCGAUUGGUUUCUGGAGUAAUUAGCUUCAGUCCCAUAUCUGCCUUUCUGUGUAAGAAACACUGAAGUUAAAUUACUACAAGAUGUAUGGUGGAGUUGAAUGCGAAGAGACUGCAGAGGAUCUGGAGCUGGAACGCUAUGGAUUAAUGGACGGACAGAACUCUGGAUCAGGCGAGUCGGACACAGAGGAGGCCCUCUAUAGGCAGGUUCAUUAUAACAUCAGCAAUGAUCGCGAUAUUCAAAGCACCAAAGAUGGCGAUGCGCAGUUGGCUAGAUCUGAUGAAUGUCCACCAACUACAAAAACUGCUUCUUCUUUGAGAACUCUGGUGAACACUGAUAGUUGUGAGGUAACUCCGAACACCAAUGGCAUUUUAAUCGCUUCCGAUGAUGAUGAUGCAUGUGACAGGAAGAGAGAAGAAAGUGAUAGUAAAUACAGAGUGUGUCAAGGAAACAAGUUAAAACUCGGAGAUGUACAGAGUAGCCGAAAGACGAAAACUGCUGUUGUCAUAAGGGAUGACUCCGAGUCCGAUAUCGUACUCUUGGAUGUGAAAAGCAAACCCAAAGGUUUCAAAAGCGAGGGAAAAGUGGAUCAAGAAAAGGAGAGGCCAAAGAAAAGAUCAUGGAGGACCAAAUCGGAUGAUGAGAAGAUAAAGACCGCCAGGCUAGAUCGAAGCAGUUGGUCUUCGGCAGUUCCUGUAGCAGAUUCCUCAUCCUCAGAUGCCAGAGCUUCAGAGGUGGUAGUGGUCGCUGAUGACUCCUCAUCAAGCUCUGUAAUACUGCUGGACUCUGAGAAAAGCGAAGGGGAUGCGACAAAAACUAAACAGCAUCCUAAAAAGGGUGGUGGGGAGUAUUUCCUGGACAGCAAAGGUAUGGCCUUAGAGGAUGUCAGCAGGGAAAAGGACAGUGCUGAGCAGGGAUGGAAGGCAGAGCGGUUAAAGACGAAAGCAAUGUUGAAGGAAGGCAUUGACGUCAUCGAUCUCAGCAGUGAGGAAGAGGAUUAUAUGGUCAUCGGGUCUUGUAGCGAGGAGGAAGGUAUGCAUGUCCAUUUUGAUGAGAUGGGAGAUCGGAUUCCUCCUGAUGCAGAGGGUUCUUUGAUAAGUAAGAGGAAAGCCAGAGAGAAGGAACGUGUCGUACCUGGACGUUACUUUGUCCAGUCGAUGGUGAAGCAUAUCCGGUGUUAUAACUGCAAUGAGAUGGGACAUAGUAAAUCGGAAUGUCCGCAGCCCCCUCGUGUUCCCGCCUGCGUACUGUGCGGGACAAGGGGUCAUACUGACCGGAGCUGCCCUCAUGCUCUCUGCUUCAAUUGUUCCCUGCCCGGUCAUCAGUCCAAGGCUUGCCCUGUCAAACGUCACAUCCGCUAUGCCUGGUGUACUAGAUGCCAGAUGCAGGGACAUCUGAGGAAGAUGUGCCCUGACCAAUGGAGACAGUAUCUUUUAACAACAGAACACGGUCCUAUCAUCAAACCAACUCGAAUACACCACCCACUCAAACAGAAGGCCGUCUACUGUAGCAACUGCAGCCAGAAAGGUCAUAGAUAUUAUGACUGCCACUCAGAGAGAUUUGAUGAGUUUGUCACAUUCACAUACGACAAGGUAUGUGUCUAUGACAGGAAACACAUCGGGAAGAUGAUAUACCCAGAGGAGCACAAGAACGCAGAGUAUCUACAACUCCUGAAAAGUCGGAAAGGUGACGCCUCAUUAAGUAUAACAAAGACAAAAGGAAAGAGAACCAUCACUGAGGUCGAUUCAACCACUGUCACCAAGGAAGCCACGAUUGGUAGCACUCAGGAAGCUAACACCAAGAAAGGAAAGUUCACCCAGGAAGAUGAACAGGAGGAAGAAACUACUCAAAGUGAUGAUAUAGAAGUCGUGAACAUCGAGAAAGCACAGACGAGCAAGAAGGAGAUGCUCAACCCUGUCAAGACAUUUGUGAGGACACGGUUGUUUGGAGGUAGGAGAGGACGUGGUUGGGCAGAACAGGAAGUAGACAUGAUCCCAAGUAAGAAGAAGAUGGAUGCAGUGAUGGCACCCGAAGGUUUGUUUGGAGGUAGGAAAGGACGUGACUUGGCAGAACAGGAAAUAGAUAUGAUCACAAGUAGGGAAAAGAUGGAUGCAGUGACGGCACCCGAAGGUUUGUUUGGAGAUAGGAAAGGAUGUGACUUGGCAGAACAGGAAAUAGAUAUGAUCACAAGUAAGGAAAAGACGGAUGCAGUGACGGCACCCAAAGGUGGAAAGAUAAAACUGACAAGGGCACAGAAGAAGGAGCAGCAGAAAGCGCUGAAAGCGAUGAAAAAGGGGGCAAAUAACCCUGAGGAUGCGGCGCGGGAUUUCACUGAAGCAAAGCGACUAAAACAAUCUGCAGUCAAGGCAAUGAAUGUAUUGAAGAGAGAAAUCAAAGCAAAGCUUAAGGCAACGAAGGGUCAGAUUGCGGGUGGAGUCACUGAUUCCAUGUCAAAAUUCGAAAAGAAGGCGAUGAAGAGGAAACUGAAAAAGAAAGAAAAACAGGAGGUUCAAUUAAUCUUGAAUGAGAGAAUGAAAAGUGAUGUAAAGGUUAGGGAAAUGAACCGUGUGUGUAAAGAAUCUAAGAAGCUGUUUCGUGAUGCGAAAAAGUGGAAACAAGAAGUGGAUGGCAGGGUCAGAAGAGCCCAUGGUAUACCUAAAAAACGGAAACGUCCUGUACUACGUCAAGAUGCCGUAGGAUAUAGCUUACCGCGGCGGGGUUUCAACAUUGAUGCAAGAUUGGUCGAAGGCACACACCAGGACAAUCGAUGGACAAAGCCUCAAGGAGAUCUUUGGGAACAAGACUUUCCUAGAAACAAUACUCCAUAUGACUUCACCAAUCGGUUGUUUUCCUCUGGCCCUGUCACAACCGAUCCAUUUUAUAGCGUCAGUUCUGUUAGUCAUAGUCAAACUGCUGCCUUUAACCAUGAUGGAACCAACUAUGCUGCUUUUGACAGUGGCCAAGACUUCAUCACAGGGCUAUUCUCCAAUCGACCUGUCACAUCAAAUCCAUCUUAUGGCAGCGGACCGGGCUUCCAUGGUCAGGCGUAUAGCAACAGUGCUGCCUUUGACCACGAUCAAGACUUCACCGAGGGUCUGCAGUCGGGGAAUCAAAGCUUGACAAUCGAGGUUUCUUGUGGGAAGAAGCAGAAGAAAAACAGAAGGAGAAAACGAAAUCGAAAGAACAAGCAAGGUGGUCAAACGGGAUAAUAAGAAAUCUCUGUAGGACAAAUCAAUUCAAGAUGAGUGUAAACGUUAGUUUAUUGACCUACCUCCUGAAUGAUGCAUUGUACUUUGAUUGAGAUCAUCUGCAGCUGCCUCAAGUGCCUUUUAACCUUACAGACCUGCCAACCAGUACAUUAUUGGCAUAUUUAUUACGUUUUUGCAACCAAAAUACGGCAGUACGUUUUUUCU